CCAGGAUCAGACUAGGUCGAUUCGAACACAUCCCUUGACGAUUGACCAAAAUGGUGGACUAUUCAACAGUUUGUAAAUCAAAACAGAAAUUUAAAAUCAUUUGCUAGCGAAUUCAGAAGUACGACUCACAGUUUUCAGAACAAUGGAAGAGUUAAGCAUUACAGACUUUGAUUUUAGUGAAGACGAAAUAUUAGGUGAACUCAACAGACUUGGUUACCACAAUGUACCUAAAGCAAAGUUGAAGGAAUUUCAAAGAGAUUUAAAAUUGUUAAUACACAAUGAUAAAAGUAAUUCUAUAAAUACUAGUCUAUCAUCUGAUUAUCAUGAUAAAACUACAGAUGAUGAAUUUAGUCCACCUCUCAAGAUAGAUAUAAGUAAUACCAAUGCAAAUGCUGGAAGUCGUGACAAGACAGUGAAAAUCAGCAGAGAUCUCGAAAAAGAGCACAAUUCUGGAUAUGAAAGGCCGGCUUUUGUUACAGGUCAACCAUCCAGAGGUCACAGUUUAUAUAGUAAACCACAUAUACGAGAUGAUGUAUCUGAAACUGAUUCAGAAUGUAGACGUAUGGUCAAACGCAAAACAGUCAGAAAGAAUGAGAAAGGAACCAGAUAUAUUGAUGAAUCUAUGACAGAGAGUGAUGCAGGAAGUGUUAUUGAUGCACAUGAAAGAUUAGAGCGAAUGAGAUUAAGAGAUUUUGAUCGUGCAUCAACAGGUAGAAGAUCAAGAUUAUCACAUAGUGAUGAUGAAGAGCCACCAUAUCGAUUAGCUGAUGACGACCCUCGUCCUGCAUCUGUCAUCCUACGUCGUUCAGAACAUCCUCAUACCAAAAACCUUCGCAAAUCAGAUCCUGUUGCAAAAUAUCAACAGUUUAAACAAGUGUGGCAGUCUUUCCGAGCUCCAGGAGAACGAGAUCAUAAAAAUUUACGCUGGAAUAUAAGAGAACGGAUGUUAGCCCAGGAGGUACCAGAUAAGAAAAGUCACAGAGUAUUUGUCCAGAAUAAAUAUGUUGUACCAACAGAAAAACAGCGGAAAACUCUACGAUGGCAAGUUAGGAUGGAUAUGGCUCAAGGUGUGAAACCAACUAGUGGAUUUUUUCAUGAAUACUGAUAACAAAUUUCAUCUCAUUGUGUGUCAACAGGAAUAACAUUAAGUGCAACCAAUUGUUGAAAGGCUUCAAAUAUGGAUACUAAUUAUUAUAAAAUAUAAUAGGAUAGUUUUCUGUGAGUAAGCUAGUCACUGGUAACAUUUAUAUACAGCGUAAGUAAAUAUAUUGAGUUGUGUGAAAUUUGAUAAGAAAGUUCAUAUGUCUUUUCAUAUAGUCAAUCAAUAUUAAGCCUGUAUGGUCUUUGGACAUUUGUGAUAUGUGAUAAUAUGUUCAUAAAUAAACUUUGAAAUUAACAGCUAUUUUUCAUUCAUCAUUGAACUGCAUGACAUUAUGUACAUAUUAGAGAUAGUAUAUAAAUAAAGCAUGUAGAUUUAUUGUGUACAUUUUUAAUUUAUUGUAUUAUAAUAAAAGCAAAUU